AUGACGGGCAACAUUAGCCUCAUCACAGUCUUCAUACGUGCACUGGCUGCGUCGACAUCUGCACCUGCAAUCAACAGCCCACUGCUGUCUAGCUUUGACUGGGGAAACUCUACUCCAGAUUCGGUCUUCCAGUCUCUGCACCCACAUGGCGUAAGUCCAAAGCGGCACGCUCCCGCUCUUUCUGCAAGUCAGCAGAAGACGCAACAAACUCUCGUGGCAAUUGGUAUUGCAGCCGCUGUCACCAGCAUCAUCAUGCUGUUCACCAUUGGGUUUGUGUUCUGCCAGCGACGUAAGCGCAGGAGGUCGAUCACGAAAGAAACUUCGGAUCUAGAGAAGAUUGGUAAGAACUGCAGUUUGACUUUCCCGGUUGGUAAGACUUCUACACGGGGAAUCGGGGAGAAGAACUCUGCUGUGCCUAAUCUCCAGGUUGCCUGCCGUGUUCCGGAGAAGCACCAUGGUGCUGCUCACGCUCGUCUCCAUGCAGACGACGAAGCGCCAUUCGAAGAAGUAGAUUUAGCAGAUGCGGGACAGAGGAUGAUCAGGCGGGCGUAA